GUCAUCAUUCGUUUCUCAUGGCAAUUGCUUUUGUUUUAUAAAAUCUUAUACUUAUUAUAUUAUUUAUAAGAGUUGUCAAUACUUGUCAUACUUGAUCACUAUAUAGUAUAUACGUUCGAAAAUACCAUAAUAUUCAAAUUACAUUCAACUUACAGUUACCAAAUUGUUCAUACACAGAAUAUGGCCCAGACUGAAGCAUCAAAAAUGGCCAAAGAGUUUCAUGAAACAUUGAAGGUUGACGCAGAGAAUCUGAUAGUUCAAAAAUUUCCUGAACGAAUAGUACAUUUAAAUGAGUUACUCAAAAUGCCUGUGUUUCAUAUUGCUGGAACAGACCUAAAUUGCAAAUUUGAAUUUCCCACAAUUUCUAAAGUAGAAAAUAAUGUAAACAAUUGUGAUGGUAAAAAUCCAGGGAAAAGGCCACGUUUAGAUUCAAACUCACAUGAUUCAAUUCCAGUACAAACAUCCAUACCAAACAAUCUAAAACUUGUUGAAGCCCUUAAAAUUCUUAAAACCAAUAUCAAACAAUUAUCUGCAGACACCAAUACUUUAAAAAUGUGGAUAUCCUUAUUAAUACCUAAAAUUGAAGAUGGCAAUAAUUUUGGAGUCUCUGUGCAAGAAGAUACUCUUGCUGAGAUACAGCAAGUCGAAGUCGAAGCUACCAAUUUUCUUGAACAAAUAUCACGCUAUUAUGCAUCUCGUGGAAAACUUAUUUCCAAGGUUCACAAAUACCCAUUCAUUGAUGAUUACAAGUCUGCUGUUGAAGAAUUGGAUGAGAGACAGUUUUUAUCUAUGUCUAUAACAAUGCACGAAAUCCGUAAUCGUUAUUCAACACUGCAUGAUAUAGUCAUCAAAAACUUUGACAAAAUAAAGAAGCCUCGGUCAUCAAAUACUGACAGUUUAUAUUAAGCGCAGUAAAACCAUACUUAAAAGUUAAAGAUAAAAAUUUAUAUCCUCAUCAUUCCCUCAAAAUGUUCAUAUUCGUUUCAAAAAUAUAAGCAACAUUUUAACAAAAGAAUAAAAUCUUAUACAAAACGUUAUCUUCAGUUUAACAAUAAAGAUGUACUGGGUAAUAAUAGUA